AAUCAGUUGAUCAAGAUACUUUGGAAAAAGUUAAAGUUUUAUUUAAAGAGGGACAUAGAAAGAAAAAAGCCAUACGAGAAGAUGAAUUAAGUAUUGAAGAACCACUAAAAAACGUUUCAUUAAAAGAUAGGAAAGUAGAUUAUG